CUCUAUAUAAACCACAAACCAUCUUACGAUUUAGCAUCCCUUCAUUGUAGCCUUUCCUGAAAUUUUCUCGUCUCUAACAAUGGCAUCCACAACUCAAUGUUUGUCACUACUCUUUGUUAUGGGAAUUUGGGCUUCUCAAGUUUCUUCUCGUUCUGUUCCUGAGCUAUCCAUGUCUGACAGGUUUGAACAAUGGGCAUCGAGCUAUAGCCGAGUUUAUCAGGAUGCACCAGAGAAGGAGAAACGUUUCCAAAUAUUCAAGGAAAACGUGGAGUAUAUCGAAUCCCACAAUGCCGAUACCAGUAAAAAGUACAAGCUAGGUGUUAAUGAAUUCACGGACACGACGAAUGAAGAGUUUAAAACCAUGCGAAAUGGUUAUAAAAUGCGACCUUCCAACACUAUUACAACUUCCAAAACAUCUUUCAUGUAUGAAAAUAUUACUGCAGUUCCAUCUAGCAUGGAUUGGAGAAAGAAAGGAGCUGUGACCGGCAUCAAGGACCAAGGCCAAUGUGGAUGUUGCUGGGCGUUCUCGGCUGUGGCAGCCAUGGAAGGGAUUACCAAACUCAAAACCGGUACACUGACAUCACUAUCAGAGCAAGAGUUGGUUGAUUGUGAUGUCAAUGGCGAAGACCAAGGUUGCAAUGGUGGUCUCAUGGACGAUGCAUUUGAAUUUAUCAUUUCAAACAAAGGACUUACUACCGAAACCAAUUACCCCUAUGAAGGAGUUGAUGGAAGCUGCAACAAGAAAGAAUCUGCCAACCAUGCAGCUAAGAUCACUGGUUACGAAGAUGUACCUUCAAACAGUGAGUCAGCACUACUAAAAGCUGUGGCCAAUCAGCCAGUUUCAGUUGCCAUUGAUGCCGGUGGGGCCGACUUCCAACACUACAAAAGUGGUGUCUUCACCGGCGAAUGCACUACCUACCUAGACCAUGGGGUUACAGCAGUUGGCUAUGGACAAGAUGAUAACGGGACCAAGUAUUGGUUGGUGAAGAAUUCAUGGGGCACGAGCUGGGGUGAGAAUGGAUACAUAAGAAUGGAAAGAGAUAUUAGUGUCAAAGAAGGCCUUUGCGGUAUUGCAAUGGAAGCUUCUUAUCCAACUGCUUGAAGAUAGAAUACGAUACUGUGUAUACAGUAUAUAUAGUCCUCUUUCAGUAUUUCAGAGGACUUAAUAGCCACUCUCAGGGGGGGGGGGGAAUGUUUAUGUGCUUAUCAGCUUAUUUAUACAAAAUUAUAUCAAACAACGUUGCAUAUGUAUAGUACAAUACAAUUGUUCUGUGCUUAUCACAAAUAUAUUGAAAGUUGAAAACAGAAAGAAAAACCUUUACUUUC